AAAGACUUUCCUCAACAGAAAGAAGAGUAAGAAAAAUAAGAACAUCUUACCUUGAAACUUGACCUGCCGAGCUGCCGUCGCUUUUCCGCCACCUUUUUCCCUUCCCAACCACCGGCUCCACCAACUCCGACCAACCUCCACCACACCCCAAUCAUCCAUUUUCUAGGUCACUAAUUCCCUCUUCAAUGGAAAAUCCCCCUCCCUCGCCGCUCUCUCAUCCCUUACCCGACGUCGAAAUGGACAUUCAACUUCCCAUGGCCGACGACUCCUCCACAUCUCUCUGGGACUUGGGGGAUCUCCUCGACUUCGCUGCAGAUGAUCAGUUUUCCUUCUCUUUGGAACAGGACAAUUUGCCUUCUGCCUCCUCUCAUUACCUCGAGAUUCAAUCCCAAACUCCACCUUCGAAUUCCGACCGGAUUCGGAAGCGCGACCCGAGGUUGACCUGCUCCAACUUCUUGGCUGGGCGAGUUCCUUGUGCUUGCCCUGAGGUUGAUGCGAUGCUUGAGGCAGAAGUCGCUGCAGCGCCUGGGAAGAAGCGGGCUAGGACGGCGCGAGUUGGUGCUGGCUCUGUUCGGUGUCAAGUACCGGGGUGUGAGGUUGAUAUUAGUGAGCUUAAAGGUUAUCAUAGAAGGCAUAGAGUUUGUCUUCGUUGCGCUAACGCUACUGCUGUUGUGAUAGAUGAUGAGACUAAACGAUAUUGUCAGCAGUGUGGCAAGUUUCAUGUUUUAUCUGAUUUUGAUGAAGGCAAACGGAGUUGUCGAAGAAAAUUAGAGCGGCACAACAAUCGUCGGCGUAGGAAGCCCGUUGAUUCCACACCUUCUAUGGAAAGUGAUCGAUCAAGCAUGCAGCUAGAGGAUGUUUCUUGCGAUGGCGAUGUAGGGAAAGAUAAUAUUCUUUUCAACAACCAAACUGAUCAAAAGGAGGUAGUGCAUUUGGAGUCUGACGAUGGGCUGGUUACCUCCACCGUAUGUUCAGCUCCCGAUCAGCAAAAUAAUGUAGAAAGCGGGUUAACUUUAGUGGGAACUGGUGAAGCUCAAGUGGAUGGAGGAAAAGAUAAUUCCAAAUCUCUUGCUUCGUCCUAUUGUGACAACAAAAGCACAUAUUCAUCAAUGUGUCCAACUGGGCGAAUAUCAUUCAAGCUUUAUGACUGGAAUCCUGCAGAGUUCCCUAGAAGACUUCGGCUCCAAAUAUUUGAAUGGUUGGCUAAUAUGCCUGUUGAGUUGGAGGGAUAUAUUCGGCCUGGUUGUAUAAUUUUGACUGCAUUUGUUGCAAUGCCGAAGUUCAUGUGGAUAAAGUUACUUGAAGAUCCCACGACACACGUGCAUAAUUUUGUAGUUGCACGUGGAAGACCUCUUUGGGGGAGGGGCAACAUACUUGUUUACUUGAACAACAUGAUUUUUCACGCUAUGGAAGGGGAAAGUGUAAUGAAAAUUGAGAUGGAUAUGCAGGCUCCAAAACUUCACUAUGUACAUCCUACUUGCUUCGAGGCUGGAAAACCCAUGGAGUUUGUUGCUUGUGGAAGUCAUUUACGACAACCAAAAUUUAGGUCUCUUGUGUCUUUUGGUGGAAAGUAUCUUGACCACGACCAGUCUUUUGUUCUUCCUCAUUGUCAAAAAGAAGGUAAUGCUACUUGGAGUGACCACCAGUUGUUCAAGAUAUGUAUACCCCAUACAGAAAACGAUAUUUUUGGCCCCGCAUUUGUUGAGGUUGAGAAUCAGUCAGGCCUGUCAAAUUUUAUUCCCAUACUCAUUGGAGAUAGUGAAACUUGUUCUGAAAUGAAAGCUAUUCAGGAGCGGCUUGAUAUGUCUCUGCUUGUGGAAGCUACUGGUUCUUCACAUGAUACUUGUGAACAUUCUUCAUUGAGACAAAAAGUAUAUUCAGAACUCAUGAUGGACAUAUCUUGGUUGCUCAAAAAGCCUUCAUCAGAGCCCAUGCAGCAAAUUAUGAAUUCGUCACAAAUUCAAAGAUUCACACGUUUGUUAAAAUUUUUGAUAUGCAAUGACUCAACUGUCAUUUUGGGGAGAGUCUUGGAACAUCUUAAGAUUGUCAUGGAAAAUGUGGAAUCAAAUGUGGGGGUUAAUGGCUCCAAUUAUCCUGAUUUAAGGUUUUUCGAGAAGUAUUUAGAUUACGCAGGAGAUGUUCUUCAACUGAAUCUUCGGAAAGCUGGCAAUUCGGUGCUACACCUAGGAUUUCUUAAGCCAAAAGGGGGUCAUGUUUCUCAAAGCAGCUCCGAGAAUAAAUUGGUUUCAGUCGCUCCUGGGACUACACUGAAAAUGGAGCCAAGAGAAAAUGGUCAUUUUCCAGCAGUGGCAGGUUCAAUUUCCACUGGUAAUGUGGAAACAAUACCUCUUAUAAACGAAAAGCUCAGCGAGAAAAUCACAAUUCAAGAACAUUCAAGGAAGUCAUGUGGUCUUCAAUUCUCAGGUGUUCUUUUUAGACGUCAGACAACACUAUUUGCAGUAACCUUUGUUGCUGUUUGUUUUGGAGUAUGUGCAGCUUUAGUUCAUUCUCACAAAGUUGGCGAGUUUGCAAUUUCAAUCCGCAGAUGCUUGAUAGAUAAGUUGUAAACAGAAGUAUCUAAACUUGGAAAAAGCACUUCAACUCUUCUGAUCCAUUCAAUCUUCCGCUGAAAAUUAGUUCAAGAACUGCCAAUUUGUGGCGCCUGCAGUCUUAUCCAGCAAAUGUGAAAUGGAACGAUGACAUGACAAAAACCAAAGCCAAGAGGUUACCAUAGUUUUGUUGUGUUUAGAGCACAGACCUGUUUGAUGCUGAUGACUUAUCGUUUACGUCUCUGGUUGGCUGGUAAGAACACGAGUUCCAAGUCGAUUUUUGGUUGCACUGGAUGCAGGAUUCCUAACUUUUGUACAUUUGUAUCUCACCUAAAGUAAGUUAAAGCAGAUGCUGGAUGUACCAAUGUGUUGUAAUAAUUUCCAGGUUUCACAGCUAACAAUGAAUUUCUCAUUCAUCAUAGGUUAAACCACUGAGCUUUCAAUGCUUUCAUAGCUCCUGUAUUAUUGAACUCGAUUUUUUUGUACAUCAAAUUUGAGGUUUGGAGAUUUUAAUUUCCGACUUCAAAAGAAGUACAUGCAAAUUAUCAUUGAGCAUGUUUGCCAUCCAA